GUGUACGUUCCAUCAUGGUUAAUAGCUUUUCGUUUUAAUCAGAGUAUCGUUGAUAUUGCAGAGAAAAGAUCGGAAAAAAAUUAAGUGUAAAGGAAGAAUUAGAUGGGAUUAUUAAAUAACGGCAGACCAGAUCGAUCGGUAUGUCGUUGAAAGAUCAAAAUGUGAUGUUUGCACGAGUUGGUUCCGCCCUGUUUUAUGGGUUAUCAUCGUUUAUGAUUACGGUCGUAAAUAAGACGGUGUUGACAUCGUUCGAAUUCCCAUCGUUUCAAGUACUUGGUAUAGGACAAAUGUUGGCUACCAUUGUGUUGCUGUUCGCUGCCAAGAAGUUACGCUACGUCGAAUUUCCUAACCUAGAAGCGACAACGUUUGUCAAGAUAUGGCCAUUACCAGUGAUCUACAUCGGUAACAUGAUCUUUGGAUUAGGUGGCACCAAGCAGCUGAGCCUUCCAAUGUUUACGGCGCUUAGACGAUUCAGUAUUUUGAUGACGAUGAUCGCCGAAUAUUACGUUCUCGGAGCAAGGCCGCGCGUCUCCGUACAGCUGAGCGUCUACACGAUGAUCAUCGGGGCAAUAGUGGCAGCAUUGAACGAUCUCGCAUUCAGUUUCAAAGGCUAUGUCUUUAUCCUGCUGAACGACUUUUUCACCGCGGUUAAUGGUGUCUACAUGAAGAAAAAAUUGGACAACAAGGAACUAGGAAAAUACGGACUCAUGUACUAUAAUUCGUUGUUUAUGAUCGUUCCGGCGAUCGUGUUAGCUUGCUCGAUGGGAGACGCACGUUCCGUCCUGGAAUUUCCAUAUUGGUGCAACGUUUUCUUCCUCGUACAAUUUGGAGUUUCGUGCGUAAUGGGCUUUGUCCUGUCCUACAGCAUGAUCCUUUGUACGCUUUACAACUCUGCGUUGACCACAACCAUUAUUGGAUGUUUAAAAAACAUAUGCGUUACCUAUCUCGGAAUGGUUAUCGGCGGUGAUUAUAUAUUUACAUGGCUAAAUUUCUUAGGAUUGAAUUUGAGCGUUGUCGGUAGUUUGGUUUACACUUGGGUGACGUUCCGCAGGAGAGAGCCCGUAGAACCAAAGUAUUCUCCGCUUGUCGAGGAUCAAGCGUCAAAAGUUUUAGCUGUAUGAUCUAAUAUCGUCUAGUGCGUUCAGAACGCAAAGCGGACCAAUUCGCGAUGCACCUUACCUCUCUUUCAGUUCACUCGACGACGAAUGCGGUACUCGUUUUGUUCAUUAUUUUCUUUUCUCUUCUCUUCUCUUCUCUUCUCUUCUCUUCUCUCUUUUUGAUCCUAAUGCCAGCUCAGGAAAAAGGGACGAGCGUGUACGACAGCACCGACGCGAGUGGCAUCGUACCAAAGCAAACGAAUCUCUUUCGUUACCGAACAGAUAAACGUGUACACGGUUAUUAUAGUGCCAUAACGUAUUUUUUAAAUGGACAACGCGUUCCUUUGUAAGAUAAAACUUGUACAUACAUACAUACAUACAUACAUAAGGAGUGUUAACGAAAGAAAGAAAUAAAUCAAUGUUAUUUAUAAA